AGUUUUUGUAAUAUAUUUAUUAUAAGGGUUGCAGGGACAUAAGGGAUGUAAGGGGUGCAGCGACAUAAGGGAUGUAAGGGUUGCAGGGACAUACGGGAUGUAACGGUUGGAGGGAUGUAAAGAAUUAAGGGAUGUAAAAGAUACGGAGAUGUAAGGAAGGCAGUAAUGUGAGGGAUACAGUGCUAUAAGGGAUGGAAGGGAUGCAGAGAUGUAAAGGAUGGAGUGAUGUAAAGAAUUAAGGGAUGUAAAAGAUACGGAGAUGUAAGGAAGGCAGUGCUAUAAGAAUAAGCUCAUAAAAAGAAUGAAGAAAUAAAUAUCUGCCAAGAGAGGCCUAGGUCCAUAGAGAAGGAUAAAGUAAUUAAUAAUUUAAAGGGAUGGGUCUUGGCCUACAUAGAGGGAAAAAUUAUGUAAUUUUAAAUGUCUUUACGACGUCUGGGACAAGAUAAAUGAGGUAAAUUAAAUAAACUUAGAAAUUAGAGGACGACCUGGUAUCUUCUUGAAGUGUCUGGAAGAACAAUAACUCAUUACCCCUUGAAAACAAUAGCAUGUCCAGUCUUUAGGAUCUGUAGUCACUGACUGCGGUCAUUGAAUACUAACAUGGCGACGUCCAGUGAGAAACUUGAAGACUGCGAAGUAUGCGGGAUGAAUAAAGCAAGGUACACGUGUCCCAAGUGCGAGGUUAGAACCUGUUGUCUUCAGUGUGUAAACAUUCAUAAGAAAGAAUUAGAAUGCGAUGGCAUUCGAGAUAAAACGAAAUUUGUACGAUUAAACUCGUUUACAGACUUAGAUAUUUUAAGUGAUUAUAGACUUCUUGAGGAAGUUGGUAGGACAGUAGAUCAACUUAAAAGAGAUCCAUCAAAAAAAUGCACACGGCAAAAUAACUUACCAGUGCAUCUGACUAAACUAAGGGCAGCUGCAUUUAAAAAGACAAUUAAUUUGCAAUUUAUGCCACAAAAUUUUAGUAGGCAUCAAAGUAAUACAACAUUUUUAAACUGGAAGACUAAUGAAUUGUAUUGGAGGAUAGAAUGGAUCUUUCCACAAGCAGAACAUACAAAAUGGGUUACUGAAAGAGCUCUAGACAGUACAAGAUUAUCAACACUCAUUGAAGAAAUUUUAGAUCCUGUUAAGUCAUUAGAAAACAAGAAUGACAUAGAAGAAUUAAAUUUGAAAAUGCGUUUAAAUGAGAGAUUACAGUAUUAUCAAGCAGCUGGUUUAUCUGGAAUAAAAAUUCUUUUAAAGGCAGAGAAGAUUGCAAAGUCAGAUUUAAGGUUUUAUGAAUUGGAUGUUACAUGUACAUUGCAAGAAAAUUUAGAAAAUAAGACUAUAAUAGAAUUUCCAACGAUAUACGUAAUUUUGAAAGAUCAUUCGUUUGCAUAUGAAAUUAUAGAUACUGAUGAUGAAGCUGUAUGUGCUUUAAAUUGUAAAAGUAAUAACAAUAUAUUGAGAAAGAAAAGACGAAAAUAUAAUCAAAUCGAUACAGAAGAAGGAAAAACUUCAACUGUAAAUUAUUUCUUUAAUUCUGAUACUUCGGAACCUGAAGACGAAAAAAUGAAUGACGAUUGCAAAGCUGAACAAUUAUCAGGUUUUAACAUACCAUAUUAUCACGAAUUAGUUAAAACAGAACAGUAAAAUGUUUUAUAUUGUAUAGACAAACAAUUUACAUGUAAAUUAUUAUUUUCGAUUAAACAUAUGAAUAUACAAA